AUGGUGAUUUUGAAUUUCAAAUUUCAUGAAAGCAAAGCUAAGCGUUCAAGUCACGUCAUUGUAAAACCAGAUUUCAGAUUUCUGCGAAACAGUAAAAGCCACUGUUUAUUUAGUUGUCGAACUAGUGCUAAUCCAAUUACAUUUGAACUUGAAUGUGCUCAUAAGUUGAGCAUAGCUACAGUAGACCCAAUUGUGUUGAUUCAAUUGCGCAAUUAUUUAUUUAAAAGUUUCUUCUUCGUCGCGACCGCAUUUGGGUGCAGCUUUUCCACUUACAUGAUCAAAAUAAUUUUAUGA